CAGACAGCAGCAGUUCUCGGUGAGUUGAGCGCUGCAGCCGCCCGUUUCCCUUCGAGCUCUGAGGCGGAUAUUACAGCGGACAGAGAGGGAGUGAUCGGACGAAACACAGCGCCCGUGUGGUCGAUCAGACCCCCGAUUUCCCGGCCUAGUCAUGGACGAGCAGGCGGGCCCUGGUGUGUUUUUCAACAACAAUAACGACUCGGUUCUUUCCGGCGGACCGAAAGCGCCACAACCGGGUGACGGCGGAGAGGCGGCCCGCGCUCAGUACAGUAUUCCGGGGAUUUUACACUUUCUGCAGCACGAAUGGGCCCGUUUCGAGGUGGACCGAACGCAAUGGGAGGUGGAACGGGCCGAACUGCAGGCUCAGAUCGCAUUCUUGCAGGGCGAGAGGAAAGGCCAGGAGAACCUGAAGAAAGAUCUGGUGAGACGCAUCAAGAUGCUGGAAUAUGCACUGAAACAAGAGAGGGCCAAAUACCACAAGCUCAAGUACGGAACGGAACUCAAUCAGGGCGACAUGAAGCUGCCCAGUUAUGACUCAGAUGAUGGCAACGAGAACGAGGCACUUCCUGAGCCACCCAACAGUCAACUGAACUGGAAACAAGGACGACAGCUGCUGAGAAAGUACCUGCAGGAGGUGGGAUACACCGACACCAUCCUCGAUGUGAAGUCACAGCGAGUCAAAGCGCUGCUCGGACUGACAGGAGACAACGGAGAGAGACCUGGAGACAAGAAAUCAGAACUCAUGGUGAACGGAACCGAACCGUCCUCUCUGAAGGACAGCACCACCACCAUGAUCGGUAAACCGGAGAUGUCAGACUCCACUACGGUGUUGGAAGCCUUCAAGUUCAUCGAGAAAGCAGCAGCUGAAUUUAGCGAUGAAGAUGAGGAUGAAGAUAGCGAUGGACAAAAUAAGACCAUCGUUGACCUUGCGACCAUGGUGAGGAGGAAGGUGUCUCCCUCGCCCUCCUCUUCCUCGGCAGAUAUGAGUGAUGAACUGGACACAGAGGAAGUCCUGAAGGGCUUUGAUUUUCUAGGUAACGGUGAAGACAUGGAAGGCCCAUCUGAAACGCCCUCCGCUGCAGACAGACCUGAAUGGGAGAAGGAAGAGCAGAGCCCGUUGUCUGAGGCCUGGGGCGUGGAUGAAGGUCUCAUCUCGAAACUCAAGGAGCAGUACAGGAAGGAGCGCAAGGGCAAGAAAGGGGUGAAGAGGCCAAACAGGUGUAAACUGCAGGAUAUGUUGGCUAAUCUUCGUGACGCUGAGGAUUUGUCAUCUAUUCAGCCGCCGAUGGCACCCCCUGUCCGUCCGAGUCUGCCCCGCCUCAACGAACAUCAAAUUGGACGCACAGACGAGGUUGAAGCCCUGACAUUCCCUCCGUCCUCUGGAAAGUCGUUUAUUAUGGGAACCGACGAGACUCUGGAAAGUGAACUGGGUCUCGGAGAGCUCGCCGGUCUCACGGUCGCCAACGAAGCAGAGAAUCUGUCAUACGACAUCGCCAACAACAAAGAUGCCCUGCGUAAGACCUGGAACCCCAAAUUCACUCUCAGGAACCAUUUCGAUUCCAUUCGCGGUCUGGCGUUUCACCCCGUGGAGCCCGUGCUGGUCACUGCAUCUGAAGACCACACGCUGAAAAUGUGGAAUCUACAGAAAACUGCUCCGACCAAGAAGUGUACAGCUCUGGACGUGGAACCCAUUUACACAUUCAGGGCCCACAGGGGUCCGGUUCUGUGUGUGGUGAUGAGUUCUAAUGGAGAUCAGUGUUUCAGUGGUGGUUUGGAUGGAACCAUUCAGAGCUGGAACACUCCAAACCCAAACAUCGACCCCUACGACUCGUAUGAGCCGUCUGUGCUGCGGGGGGCGCUGUGCGGUCACACAGACGCUGUGUGGGGAUUGGUCUACAGCUCGGCUCAUCACAGGCUCCUCUCAUGCUCAGCUGAUGGCACAGUGAGACUGUGGAACGCUGCUGAUACGGCGCCUGCCACGGCUGUCUUCAACGAGAAUAAAGAAAUGGGCAUCCCGUCGUCUGUGGAUCUUGUGUGCAGUGAUCCCGCUCACAUGGUGACUGCGUUCAGUAACGGUAGGAUGGGAAUCUUCAACAUGGAGACCCGACAGCUGGUUCAGGAGCUCGAGUCGCAGGCAACAGGCAAACCUGAUGUGCCGUGUCAGAUCAAUAAAGUUCUCAGUCACCCGACGCUGCCGAUAACCAUCACGGCACAGGAAGACCGCCACAUACGAUUCUUCGACAAUAACACAGGCAAGUUGGUUCACUCUAUGGUCGCUCAUCUGGACGCUGUGACCUGUCUUGCGGUGGAUCCAAACGGACUCUAUUUGAUGUCUGGUAGUCACGAUUGUUCCGUGCGUUUGUGGAACAUGGAGAGCAAAACCUGCAUCCAGGAGUUCACGGCUCACAGGAAGAAGUUCGACGAGUCCAUUAACGACGUGGCGUUUCACCCCACCAAGUGCUACAUCGGAAGCGCGGGGGCCGACGCCCUCGCCAAAGUUUUCGUAUGACCUUUGACCUCUGACCAAAACUGCUUGAAUGGACUGCUUUAAAGCCCUCUUUCCCCCCUGUAAACACCUGACUUUUUCCGACGCCUCAUCCGGGCGGGCCUGGGUACAUGCGGGCAAGAAAACUGAUACCCCACCAGAGGGGAGUUUCUGCCCCAGUCAGUCGUGGGGUUUGGAUGGUGGUUUCUGCCCCUUUUAGAGGUGAUAAAGGGGAUCUUUCAGGUUCCUUAAUCAAACAAGACCCCAAAACAUCCCGUAAAAAUCUCUCCACCUGAACAUGGCCCACUCCUUUUCUCCUCACAGGAAGUUGGGCGCUUCCCACUCUUCUGUCAUUUUCGUUAAGUUGUUUUUGUUUUGAUUUUCUCCUGACAUGUGAGUGAGUGUGUAUUUGAGGUGUGCAGUUACUCUCCGCAGUUCUUGCCUCUCCGAAUGUCCGUCUUAAGUUUUCUCCUUUUUAACGAUGUGCCUUUUGCUUCAUACAGUCUUGCGAACAGUUCAACGCUUUAUUCAAAGAGGGAACUGAAACCUAGAGUAGUAUCUUUGAUGUUUUAAAGUUACCAAAUGCAUCAAAUUAUUGUGGAUUUUUCCAACAAAUCUGUUCGGAGCCGUUAGUGAUUUUAAUCCCGAAUGUAAAAGUUCAGUCGAGUUUCUCACGGGGUUUAUUUCACGUGACACUGGAUCUCAAUAUCCUGUGUGUUUUCCUUUAGUUUCGAGUGCCCAACAUCUCUGAAAUUCACUGCGAAUAUAAAAUCUUAAUCUGUGUUUUUGUCUUGUUUUACUGUAAAAAUAUCGAAACACUUUCGGACUUGUUUUCUGAGAAUACAUCUUGAAUUAAGCCAUUUUAUUCCAUAUUGGCAAAACGUUUUUUUGUGUUUCAUGCAUCAACUAGAUUUGAUGUUAUUAUGCUUUAAGUAACUGUAUCUUGUUUUAAAAUACUUUUACUGGAAAACAGGUUAAAUAAAUGCAGUGUAGACUCUUUUCUGACAAACAACGUUACAAAGAAAUCUGUCGGAAAUGAACCAGAUUCAAUUUUAAAAACUUGUCCAGGUCAUAUUUCAGCCCAAAAUCAAAAGAAAAGAAAAUUCAAAGUUUUAAUUAUGCAUAAAGCAAAAUGAAAGGCAGUACAACGAAUACCACUAUUAUGGAUAAAUAUACAAAAAAAACUAAAUUGGAUAUAAAAAUAUAAAAUCUGCAUUUCAGUAAUGAGAAUGUGAGGGUAAAAAUGAUGUCAUCAUGAAACAAAUCUUAAAGGUACCAAAAUAAAUUCAAUUCUAUUAAGAAUAGUUAAAACGGCAGAUAAUAAAUUCAUUAUUUUACAGGGUUUGUGAGAUUAAACCUACAACACUCCAAAACCGUUUAACGUCAAUUAGGUUUGGAUUUAUUGGCGACGUGAAGCGUUACAUGAGAUUCGUAAUAUAAAGCUUGUUUUAGCUGUUCAAGCUUAAAACUCUUAUUUGUUUAAUCCAAUAAAUAUGUGCGUUUACACUCAUCAUGCCACAGUUAGAGUGCCUCGCCUGUUUUUCGCUGUUUUGUUUGUUUUAAUACAGAUUUUGUAACUGAUCUCUGUUGUAUAACGCCAACAUUGUUCUUUUAGAGACGAGAUUAUCUCCCAUAAACGCUUUAAUGAGAUCCGUUUAUUAGAGUUAAACCAUAUUCCAAAAUAUUUCUUUUCAGACAAAGUAAAUGUGUUUUGUACUUGAGGUACACUGAUUCAAAAUUCAAUAUUUGUCUGAUGUUUAACCAGAUAUUUAUUUUUGCAUCUUUUUUUUAUUUACCCGUAAAUCCAAACGGAUUCCUAGAAUUUCAGCGUUAAAGUCGAGGAAAGGAUGACCGGCACGUUCAGUUACAAUUAUUUUGACAUUAAUAUGGUGUGCGCGUACAUCCGGUUCCUGCUUUACAGAUCUGACCUUCUCUAUCUUCAUCAGUGGUGGUUUAUGGAUUAGAUUUAGCUCAUUUAAAUAUAUAUUUUAUAUGUAAUUGUUAGAACAGACACUAGUCGUCUUUAUCGUAUGAUUGGUGAUUGCAGAUAGAUCGUAACCCAAGUUUCAUGCAGGUCGAGGUUUUCAUUAUGUUCAAUUCUUCUCGUUUUAUUUGAAUUUGUGAUUACUUGCGUGCGUGUUUUUAACUGCUAGAAUAAAGAUUUUCUGCUCUUUUGGGGAAUUGUUUUGCCUUUAAUUGAUGACAUAAGCACUACAAUACAAUUGGGGUGUUUGUGCGAUUCCUUCAGGUCUGUAAAUCUCAACGUACGGAAAUGACGGCCGUUUGCUACUUUACCAAAAGUUGUUAAAGGAGUAGUUCAACUAAAAGUGAAUCCCGUCGUCAUUUACUUCCCUUAUAUUGUUCCAAUCGUGUAUGACUUUUUUUUUUCUCUCGAAUGAAGCGCAGCAAGAGGUUUUAGCAUGUUCGCACUGCGAGUCGAAUCUGCUACGUUUAUUAUAUUUGAGUGUUUUUGUCCUUUUUGAAGCUUAGCAUUUAGCAUCAGCAUCAACUACUAUUGAACAAACGAAGGAAAGCCAAAGGGACAAAAACGACAUGAGGUCGAGUACAUGACAACCAUUUUUAUUUUUGGCUGAACUGUGCCUUUAAAUUUGAGGCACGUUUGAUUUUAAACUCGUGGUUCGGGACGUUAACGGGGAACCGUGUGAAUGGGCGCUUAUCCGUGUUUCCGUACUAGCUAAAUAUAUUUUCUGAUUUCGUUCAUUUUGGUGCAUAUUAAUUUUAGAUAUAAAGAGAACUCAAUAUGUAUAGUUUUAAAGUAUUGAUCAAUCUAUUUAUGAACAGAUUACGGUGUAUAUUAACCAAUAUUUGUGAUAGUUGUGCGGGAGUGUUGUUAGCGCCACCUGCUGGUCAGAGAUGGGAACUGUAUAACUGACGCGGCAACUGAAGAUAUUCAAGUGCUAUUGAACUCUGCAUUAUUAAUGUGAUUGACGGACAGAGAUUUGAUUCUUUGGUGACUGAUAGAUCGACGCGCUUCAAUAAACCCACAAAUAUCGGAUAUAGAUGACUCUUAAACGUCUGUUUUGUCCCUUAUAUCAACAUUGGUUCUGCUGUCAAGGUGGGAAAAAUACUGCUCGUAUGGGAAUUUGCGUCGGGAAUGCCAUUCGUGGAUCUUGACCUAGACGCUUCUUGCAUGCGGUCACUGCGGAUUGGACCGAUUGGAUUAUGAUGUCAUAAUGGGAAUUUUGUGAUCUGGAUAUAGUCCAGAGUCCGCCUGUAUAAAACUGUCGCUGAACUUUUAACCUUUUGUUUGUACAGAGAGUGUCUGGAAAGAUUGUGUUCAUAAAUGCUAUAUUCCUCUUGUACAUAUUUUAUUAUUGAUAUUACAGUUUAUUCUUUAUUUCUUGUUGUAUUCUUUUUUUUUUCUCAGAUGGAUCAAUAUAAUACAAUAA